UGGCCCGCGGCGCGGAGCGGCCGUGAUUCAUCCGCUGCCGCGCGGGGCCGGGUGCUGGCGAGCGCAGCGGCCGCCGGGGCGCGCACGGCCAGGCAGCGGCGUCCCCGACCGGCCUCGCGCUCCUUUCGCUGUGGGCGGCCGGGCCCCUGAGAAGGUCAAGAUGGAAGAGAUCCUGCGGAAGCUGCAGAAAGAAGCGUCCGGGAGCAAGUACAAAGCCAUCAAAGAGAGCUGCACCUGGGCCCUGGAAACCCUGGGUGGUGUGGAUACCGUUGUCAAGAUCCCUCCACACUUGCUGAGGGAGAAAUGCCUCCUGCCUCUCCAGUUGGCUUUGGAAUCCAAGAAUGUGAAGUUGGCCCAACAUGCCUUGGCAGGAAUACAGAAGCUUCUGUCAGAGGAAAGGUUUGUAUCCAUGGAAACAGACUCCGAUGAGAAGCAGCUGCUUAAUCAGAUCCUGAACGCCGUGAAAGUGACACCGUCCCUCCACGAAGACCUGCAGGUGGAAGUGAUGAAGGUUUUACUCUGCAUAACUUACACCCCGACAUUUGACCUGAACGGGAGUGCAGUGCUGAAGAUCGCGGAGUUGUGUUUAGCAUGCCGUAAACCUGGAUGUCCACAAUUGCAUGAAAUGAUCAAAAUGUCCAUUAUGAAACUCCUCACUGCCCUGUGUCUUCGUGCGUUCCCUGGUGAUCAGGGGGCUGUGGCUUUUCACAAGGUGUGCAUUGAGACAUACACAUGUAGCUGUCACCAGCGUAGUAUAAACACUGCUGUGCGGGCCACUCUCAGUCAGAUGCUGAGUGACUUGACUUUACAGUUACGACAAAGGCAGGAGAAUACGAUAAUUGAAAACCCGGAUGUCCCACAGGAAUUCGGGAAUCAAGGGUCAACCGUAGAGGCCCUCUGUGACGACCUCGUCUCUGUGCUCACUGUUCUGUGUGAGAAGCUACAAGCCUCCAUCAACGACAGUCAGCAGCUGCAGCUGCUGUACCUGGAGUGCAUCCUGUCCGUGCUCAGCAGCUGCUCCUCCUCCAUGCACCUGCACAGGGGCUUCACAGACCUGACCUGGAAAAACCUUUGCCCUGCUCUGAUCGUGAUCCUGGGGAAUCCAAUUCACGACAAAACCAUCACCUCUGCUCACAGCAGCAGCACGAGUGCCAGCAUGGAGGCGGACUCAGCGUCUCCAGGCAUUUCCGACCAUGGCCGGGGCUCGGGCUGUUCCUCCACCGCACCUGCCCUGAGCGGGCCUGUGGCUCGGACCAUCUAUUACAUCGCAGCCGAGCUGGUCCGGCUGGUGGGGUCGGUGGACUCCAUGAAGCCCGUGCUCCAGUCCCUCUAUCACCGCAUGCUGCUCUACCCCCCACCCCAGCACCGGGUGGAAGCCAUCAAAGUAAUGAAAGAGCUACUUGGGAGCCCCCAGCGUCUCUGUGAUUUGGCGGGACCCAGCUCCACUGAACCCGAAUCCAGAAAAAGAUCAAUUUCAAAAAGAAAGUCUCAUCUGGAUCUUCUCAAACUCAUCAUGGAUGGCAUGACUGAAGCGUGCAUCAAGGGUGGCAUCGAAGCUUGCUAUGCCGCCGUGUCCUGCGUCUGCACCUUACUCGGGGCCCUAGACGAGCUCAGCCAGGGCAAGGGCUUGAGUGAAGGUCAGGUGCAGCUGCUGCUCCAGCGCCUGGAGGAGCUGAAGGACGGGCCUGAGUCCAGCAGGGACUCCAUGGAGAUCAAUGAGGCCGACUUCCGCUGGCAGCGGCGAGUCCUGUCCUCGGAACAUACGCCGUGGGAGCCGGGGAAUGAGAGGAGCCCUGACAUCAGCAUCAGUGUGACCACGGACACGGGCCAGACCACUUUGGAGGGAGAGUUGGGUCAGACCACCCCUGAGGACCACUCCGGAAACCACAAGAAUGGCCUCAAGUCCCCAGCCAUCCAGGAGAGCAAGGAGAUGCUGAGCAAAGUGUCAGAGCCAGAAGCAGUAGACCAACCAGAUGUUGUUCAGAGAAGCCACAUGGUCGCCUACCCUGACAUCACGAACUUCCUGUCAGUGGACUGCAGGAUGAGGUCCUACGGAUCUAGAUACAGUGAGAGCAAUUUUAGCGUGGAUGACCAGGAUCUCUCUAGGACGGAAUUUGAUUCCUGCGACCAGUACUCGAUGGCAGCGGAAAAGGACUCAGGGAGGUCUGACGUGUCGGACAUUGGGUCGGACAACUGCUCACUGGCCGAUGAGGAGCAGACCCCGCGGGACUGCCUGGGCCACAGGUCCCUGCGGACUGCUGCUCUGUCUCUCAAACUAUUGAAGAACCAGGAGGCCGACCAGCACAGCGCGAGGCUGUUUGUGCAGUCUCUUGAGGGGCUCCUUCCUCGCCUCCUGGCCCUGCCCAGCGUGGAGGAGGUGGACUCGGCCCUCCAGAACUUUGCCUCUACCUUCUGCUCAGGCAUGAUGCACUCCCCUGGGUUUGACGGGAACAGCAGCCUCAGCCUGCAGAUGCUGAUGAACGCGGACAGCCUGUACACGGCAGCGCACUGCGCUCUGCUCCUCAACCUGAAGCUCUCCCAUGGCGACUACUACCGGAAGCGGCCAGCCCUGGCGCCUGGCAUGAUGAAAGAGUUCAUGAAGCAGGUCCAGACCAGCGGGGUGCUGAUGAUCUUCUCCCAGGCCUGGAUCGAGGAACUCUACCAUCAGGUGCUCGACAGAAACAUGCUGGGAGAGGCUGGCUACUGGGGCAGCCCCGAGGACAACAGCCUUCCGCUCAUCACCAUGCUGACCGAUAUUGAUGGCUUAGAGAGCAGCGCGAUUGGGGGCCAGCUGAUGGCCUCUGCUUCUACAGAGUCUCCUUUCACCCAGAGCAGGAGGAUUGAUGACUCCACAGUAGCAGGUGUGGCAUUUGCUCGCUAUAUCCUGGUUGGCUGCUGGAAGAACUUGAUCGAUACUUUAUCAACUCCCCUGACUGGCCGCAUGGCAGGGAGCUCCAAAGGGCUGGCCUUCAUUCUAGGAGCUGAAGGCAUCAAAGAGCAGAACCAGAAAGAACGCGACGCCAUCUGCAUGAGCCUGGAUGGGCUGCGGAAAGCGGCGCGGCUGAGCUGUGCUCUAGGAGUUGCAGCUAACUGCGCCUCGGCCCUUGCCCAAAUGGCAGCUGCCUCCUGUGUCCAGGAAGAGAAAGAGGACAAGGAAGUCCAAGAACCCAGUGAUGCCAUAGCACAAGUGAAACUAAAAGUGGAGCAGAAACUGGAGCAGAUCGGGAAGCUGCAGGGGGUGUGGCUGCACACAGCCCACGUCUUGUGCAUGGACGCCAUCCUCAGUGUAGGAUUGGAGAUGGGAAGCCACAACCCGGACUGCUGGCCACACGUGUUCAGGGUGUGUGAGUAUGUGGGCACGCUGGAGCACACCCACUUCCGUGAUGGCACCUCUCAGCCCCCCCUGACCAUCAGCCAGCCCCAGAAGGCCCCCGGAGGCUCUGGACUCCUCGGGGACCUGGAGUGUGAAGGCUCACCCCCGGAGCAGAGCCCGGAGCAGGAGAGCUCCCUGCAUACCGCCCCGGUCAUCCAGCCCCUCUCCAUCCAAGAACUCAUCAGGGAAGGCAGCCGCGGCCGGGCCUCCGACUUCCGCGGGGGCAGCCUCAUGACCGGCAGCAGCGCCGCCAAGGCUGUGCUCACGCUGUCCACGCAGGCCGACAGGCUCUUUGAAGAUGCUAUAGAUAAGUUGAACCUCAUGGCUUUGGGAGGUUUUCUGUACCAGCUGAAGAAAGCAUCGCAGUCCCAGCUUUUCCAUUCUGUUACGGACACAGUUGAUUACUCACUGGCAAUGCCAGGAGAAGUGAAAUCCACCCAAGACCGGAAAAGUGCCCUCCACCUGUUCCGCCUCGGGGACGCCAUGCUGAGGAUCGUGCGCAGCAAGUCCAGGCCGCUGCUCCACGUGAUGCGCUGCUGGAGCCUGGUGGCCCCGCACCUGGUGGAGGCUGCCUGCCACAAGGAAAGACAUGUGUCUCAGAAGGCUGUCUCCUUCAUCCAUGACAUACUGACAGAGGUUCUCACAGACUGGAACGAGCCACCUCAUUUUCACUUCAAUGAAGCCCUCUUCCGACCCUUUGAGCGGAUUAUGCAGCUGGAGCUGUGUGACGAGGAUGUCCAAGACCAGGUCGUCACGUCUAUUGGUGAGCUGGUUGAAGUGUGCUCCACCCAGAUCCAGUCGGGCUGGAGGCCCUUGUUCAGUGCCCUGGAGACGGUGCACAGCGGGAACAAGUCCGAGGUGAAGGAGUACCUAGUUGGCGAUUACUCCAUGGGAAAAGGCCAAGCUCCAGUGUUUGAUGUAUUUGAAGCUUUUCUCAAUACCGACAACAUCCAGGUCUUCGCUAAUGCAGCCACCAGUUACAUCAUGUGCCUUAUGAAGUUUGUCAAAGGACUGGGGGAGGUGGACUGUAAGGAGAUUGGAGACUGUGUCCCGGGACCAGGGGCCACCGCCCCCGACCUGUGCCUCCCUGCCCUGGAUUACCUCCGGCGCUGCUCUCAGUUAUUGGCCAAAAUCUACAAAAUGCCGAUGAAGCCAAUAUUCCUUAGUGGGCGACUUGCUAGCUUGCCUCGAAGACUUCAGGAGCAGUCAGCGAGCAGUGAGGAUGGCAUUGAGUCGGUCCUGUCUGAUUUUGAUGAUGACACUGGUCUGAUAGAAGUCUGGAUCAUCCUGCUGGAGCAGCUAACAGCAGCUGUGUCCAACUGCCCACGGCAGCACCAGCCGCCAACCUUGGAUUUGCUCUUCGAGCUGUUGAGAGAUGUCACCAAAACACCUGGACCAGGGUUUGGUAUCUAUGCAGUUGUUCAUCUUCUCCUUCCUGUGAUGUCCCUUUGGCUCCGUCGUAGCCAUAAAGACCAUUCUUACUGGGAUGUGGCCUCGGCUAACUUCAAGCAUGCCAUCGGUCUGUCCUGUGAGCUGGUGGUGGAGCACAUUCAGAGCUUUAUACACUCAGACAUCAGGUAUGAGAGCAUGAUCAACACCAUGCUGAAGGACCUCUUCGAGUUACUGGUAGCCUGUGUGGCCAAGCCCACGGAAACCAUCUCCAGAGUGGGCUGCUCCUGUAUUAGGUACGUUCUCGUGACAGCAGGCCCCGUGUUCACGGAAGAAAUGUGGAGGCUGGCCUGCUGUGCCCUGCAGGACGCGUUCUCUGCCACACUCAAGCCCGUGAAGGAUCUGCUGGGCUGCUUCCACAGCAGCACCGAGGGCUUCAGUGGGGAAGGCUGCCAGGUGAGGGUGGCGGCCCCCUCUUCCUCCCCCAGUGCCGAGGCCGAGUACUGGCGCAUCCGAGCCAUGGCUCAGCAGGUGUUUAUGUUGGACACCCAGUGCUCACCAAAGACUCCAAACACCUUCGAUCAUGCCCAGUCCUGUCAGCUCAUUAUUGAACUGCCUCCUGAUGAAAAGCCAAACGGACACACCAAGAAAAGCGUCUCUUUCAGGGAAAUUGUGGUGAGCUUACUGUCUCAUCAAGUCUUGCUCCAGAACCUGUAUGACAUCUUGUUGGAAGAGUUUGUCAAAGGCCCCUCUCCUGGAGAGGAGAAGACCAUCCAAGUGCCGGACGCCAAGCUGGCUGGCUUCCUCCGGUACAUCUCCAUGCAGAACCUGGCGGUCAUCUUCGACCUGCUGCUGGACUCCUACCGGACAGCCAUGGAGUUUGACACCAGCCCGGGCCUGAAGUGCCUGCUGAAGAAAGUGUCGGGCAUUGGAGGCGCCGCCAACCUCUACCGCCAGUCGGCCAUGAGCUUUAACAUCUACUUCCACGCGCUGGUCUGUGCCGUGCUCACCAACCAGGAACCCAUCACUGCCGAGCAGGUGAAGAGAGUCCUCUUCGAGGACGACGAGAGGAGCUCAGACUCCUCCCAGCAGUGCUCCUCGGAGGACGAGGACAUCUUUGAGGAGACGGCCCAGGUGAGCCCCCCCAGGGGCAGGGAGAAGAGGCAGUGGCGGGCCCGCCUGCCCUCGCUGAGCGUGCAGCCCGUCAGCAACGCCGACUGGGUGUGGCUGGUCAAGCGGCUUCACAAGCUGUGCAUGGAGCUGUGCAACCACUACAUCCAGAUGCACCUGGACCUGGAGAGCAGCCUGGAGGAGGCGCCCGUCCUCCGGGGCGACCCGUGCUUCAUCCUGCCCUCCUUCCAGUCCGAGUCCUCCACCCCGUCCACCGGCGGCUUCUCGGGGAAGGACACGCCCUCCGAGGACGACCGCAGUCAGACGCGGGACCACGGGGGCGAGUCCCCGAGCCUGCGGGCGGGCAGCGGGGACACGCUGAUGCUGCCGCCCAGCCCCAAGGUGGAGAAGAAGGACCCCGGCAGGAAGAAGGAGUGGUGGGAGAGCGCGGGCAACAAAAUCUACAGCAUGGCGGCCGACAGAACCAUCUCCAAGCUGAUGACGGAGUACAAGAAGAGGAAGCAGCAGCACAACCUGCCCUCCUUCCCCAAAGAGGUCAAAGUGGAGAAGAAGGGCGAGGCCCUGGGCCCCAGGGGCCCGGACUCGCCGCUGCUGCAGCGGCCCCAGCACCUGGUGGACCAAGGGCAGAUGCGGCACUCCUUCAGCGCAGGCCCCGAGCUGCUGCGGGAGAAGAGGCCCCGCUCCGGCUCCACCGGGAGCUCCCUGAGUGUGUCCGUGAGGGACGCCGAGGCGCAGAUCCAGGCAUGGACCAACAUGGUGCUAACAGUUCUCAAUCAGAUUCAGAUCCUUCCAGACCCGACCUUCACGGCCCUCCAGCCAGCAGUGUUCCCAUGCAUCAGCCAGCUGACCUGUCACGUGACGGACAUCAGAGUUCGCCAGGCUGUGAGAGAGUGGCUCGGCAGAGUGGGCCGUGUCUAUGACAUCAUUGUGUAGAAGACUCACAUUGAAGAAAUUCAGUAGCAAGGGUUAGAGUCUGCCUGCCAAUCUGACAGCAUUUUCCCCACCACCAGCCCCGCUGACACCAGUGUCUCAGAGAACCAUCAACUGCUCUCUAACUAAUCGCAUUGGGGCCAUUCCGGAUACUAAGAUUGUAUCUAGAUGACAAAUGAUACUCUGAUUUUGCACAUUAUUUCUCCAUUCCUUGACACAUUCCUAAAUCGUGAAGUUUAUUUCCCAGUGCUUUCGCCUGCAAUGUUAUCAGCAUUUUCAAAGACCACUCCUUGGAAAACUACAUUGAUCCAUUUGAUUCUUUUUUUUUUUUAAAUGCAAUUACUAAGAAAAUGUCUGCUGGUAAGUCAAGCUGAUGUAUAAACACGCAUACACCUAGUACCAAACAUAUGUCAUGAUUGUGCAUUUGGUGGAGAAGAAAACAGCUAGAAAGAUAUAUUCAUAUUCUUAGGUGUCAUAAUCAAGAAAAGGAUGAUUUUCUCUGUAAAAUAUUCCAGAACAUUUCAAAAUUGUCCUAAGUUGUCAAGAUUUUCUGGUUGGUACUCACCAACAUCUUUGUAUAAGGUACUGUUGUGCCUUUGUUUCCCUAUUUCUAAUGGAAGAAAAUUAUUUCCUGGCAGAGUUUUAAGUUGGUGUCAUGGCAGCCUUUGACACCCAGUACCCAGUGACAUUUGCUGAUACAGAUAUUGCCAAGAUUCAGAAGACUGACCAGUCACCUGGCGGUCCCAUUAGUCUUUGCUUUUGCUCCCAAGGCAGAAAAGAAAAGGGAAAGAAAAAAUGGUGCCUUAGUCCCUUGUCGCACAGGCAUUUCUAUGCUCCACAGUUAUCUCAACAUAAGAAAACAAAACGUUAAAAUGCAACUCAUUUGCUAUUUACACCCUUGGAGAAAAGGAAGUGAGUUCUCUAUUCAGUGAGCAGACUUCUCAGGGAAGAAGCAGGCAGUGUGGGGUAGGGAGACAGCUGGUGGGGUGGGAAAGGAGAUUAUGAUGAAAUCUUCUGCUGUUAUACAGCAACCAUAUGAAAUUAUGGUGUCAGUUACACAAGCUCUAGCCUCAGAAGAAAACUAAAGGAGAAGGGGACACAGGAUGAAGUCUAAGAAAUUUAGUUUUUCCACUUAAGAUCUUUCUCCUUUCCGGCAAGUACAUUUACCUCAUGUCUGAGGUCCUCUUAUUCAGGCCAAUAUUUUAAGUGAAUAUUUUUCUUAAAUAUUACUAGAAAAUUAAUCUGGAACCUUUAUCUUAUUAUGUAUUAUAUAUUUAAUAUUUCUUAAAUUAUAAUAACAAUUAUGGAAACUCCUCAGCCAAGCUCAUUCAUAUAUAUUCUAGUAGAGUUAGUUGUUAUGACAUACAUUAUAAUUUUCCCAGCCCCUAAAAAUGCAUUCAUAAUUGUAUGUGCCAUCUUUAAAAAUAGAACAUCAACUUUUCAAUAUUAAAAUAAGGAUUUAAAAUUGACAGCUUUACUCAGUGCUGGUAUAUGUAAACUUAUCCACAAGGUUACCAGAAAGACAGCUGAUUUAUUUAGGCAGUCUAAAAGCAGGAACUUUAUCGUUCAGUAUGCCACCUAAAAAUCACCAUGGAAUCCAGAAGACAUUUUUUUCAGUUCCACAAAACACACUCUUUGCCUUCAGUUUUUACUCAUUAGUUAAUAAUUUGAGUUUAGAAACAGAUCAACUGUUUGUAACAAGCAAUGAAUUGUUGGGAUAGCAAUGAGCUGUGUUAGUGCUUUUGAAUUUUUAUAUUUUGUAAGUAGAAUUGAAAAUCAGGUAGAUACUUUUUUUAAACAAAUACAGUACACCAGGGUUGUUCUGUUUCUUUUUAUAGCUUAUCUUAAGUUCAGCUCUCUUUUGUGCACCAGUGAGUACUAUAAAAUUUACUGGGGGUUGCCGGGGUGGGGGGAAGGGAGAGAGGGUGCUUCAGUAGCGUAUCAAAUCAGAGUAAUUAUAAAAGGUUGUUACAUAUAAACAUUUGUAAAGCAUGAAAAUUCAAAGGAAGCCAGUCUCAAUUUACCAAUGCCAUGGCCCAGAGUGUGUUCACUAUUUAGAACUCAGAAUUCAUUCUCCCACAGAUUCUCUAUCAUGGGAUCCAAGGCUAGUUUAUGAAAAUGGGUUUACCGCAUACUCUAUCCAAACACUGCUCUAGUACUAACCUGAUUGUGGGUACCAAGAAUAAAGAGAUGAGGGAACACACAGAGCUCUUUACCUAUAAUUUUGUUAGAGGCUUUGGUCCCUUCCCAUCACCCUUUCUGUAGCCCACCUGAGACCCACACUGGUCUUCAGCCCACCUCCAUUCCCUACAUACUCUGCUCUGCAGCCACAUCAGAAUUCACCCAGAAAAUUAACUGUCACAGCAGUACUUCCCAGAGGUAUUUGCAGUUUUCAAAAAUGACAUUAGUUGAUGCAAAUAACCUCUAAUGAACAGGACUUCAAGUCACAACAAAGUCGGUUAAAUCCUCCCACAGAUGGGGAAGAAAAGGAGAUAAUUAGGAAUCCUUGGCAGAGGUAGACGCGGGUCCCUUCCCAGAGUGCCCAGUGAGUCCCUCACACUCGUCCUGGUGUCUGAGUUUCUGCUUUGCCCCAAGGUCUCUGAUAGACCAAGGUCUCGGCAGCCUUCAUAGUUAAAACAGUUAUUACCACAUACUUACAGGUCUAAGCAGAAUAAGAUUUUGCAUGUAACUUUUAGUUGCCGAUAUUUACUAAGUGUGUGUUACCCUAAGGGUGAGAUUUACUCUCUUUUUCUAGUAUUUUAGUAAACUGCACAUCAUGAUCAUCUGAAAAACUCAAAGUGUAAAAGAAUCCCUGACGGAACAGCUCAGCCAGGUAUAUCACAGUCUUCAUCCGAUUUCUCCUUGCCAGGAGGGCACAGAUUUGAUGGAGGAUCUCCUCGUUCUUGCCUCUCCUGAUCAGCUUUUAAAGAUGCUUAGGCUGCCUCUCUAUAUCAUCUUGUUCUUUCUCUCCUUAAGAUUCUUCUCUAGCCUUCUCCAUCAACACAAAACUAGGCACCUUUUACCAUUGUAGGCUAUUUCAUGACUGGCCACGGCUCAUGCUAGCAUACACAACAUUCAAGUUAAAGUAGUUUCAAUCAGACAUGACAAAGUAGUAGAAUCCAAAAGUACCUUUAAAUUGAAACUUCUUUAUAACAACAUCACUGGGUUAUUUGUUCUUGUUUUAAGGAGAAGGCUUGUACAGUCAGUUGAAAGUGAUAUAGCCUUAACUGCAAUUACAUAAUAACUUUGACUUCCCCCAAAUACAUCACAAUACUGCUUCUCAGAAGGGAAGCUCACUCAUGUCUGUCCCUUCAAACUGAACAGCAAGAAGUUACAAACAGCAGGAGGUGAGAUUUGUUGAGUGCUCCUGCCAAGUUACAUUUAUUUUAUUUUCACAGUAACCUUGUGAAACAGGUAUUUUCCUCAUUUUUUUUAGAUGAGGAAGAGACCCAGAGAGGUUAAGAAAUUUGCCCAAGAUAACCAGUAAAUGGCAAAGUUGGUUGCAAAAGAGUUCUCUAUACUAUACCAUUCUCUAAAUGCACCAAGUAAACACUUUAGUGUCUCAAGGAAUUAACACAGUUAAAAUAAAUUAAAAAAUACUUGAUUGAUGUUCCAGAUCCAUAAUUUUAUGGGGAUUUUUAAAUAAGGUUAAAAAAGAAAAGGAUCAUGUUUACUAGUAUAUACAGAAAGACCAUACACAACAAUAUUUUGAAUGUUCAAAAAUAAAUCUAAACUUCCAUCUUAAAGCAGACAUUCAGUGGUAAUUUAGAAAAUUUGCCAAUUAGGUGGAAAUGACGGAAUAAUAUUGUUCAUGGCCAGCUGUUAUGCAGGAAAACCAUGGCAGUCUCCAUCUGGAAUGACAUGCACAAAUUGUGAGCCUUUUUAAAUGACCAUAGCCAACAGUGCCUCUCUAUUGCUUCCCUGGAAGUAUAUUGUACUAAAUUUAUAGGUCAUCAUCUAAGUUUGGGAAUAUACAAAAUAAAUAACCAUUUUCAAAUGCACACUCUAAAGAGGAAGUACUGGCUAGACAAAAUGGUUUAAAGAUCCAGGUACUGAGAGCAUCAGGUCAAUCUCCAUAGUAACCAUGUGCCAUAAAGUUAAAUAUUCCUACUUAUUCUUUAGGCAAAAGACAAACUUAGAACUUCCAUGUGCUUGGCUUCCAUUUAGGUGAUUCUAGUGAGAUUUAGUGUGGCCUUAAAAUACACGAGACUAUUUUAAGCACUUUUUAUUGGAAAUAUGAGCUGUUCUUGGGCAAGAUUUAUGAAAUUGGUGAAGAACUUGCUUAUAAUUAUGCUUCAUCAGAAACAAAACAAGAAAACAAACUGUGUUCCCUCAUUGAUCAGUGGGCCAGUCUAGAAAACUGUGAGAUCUUCUUGCUGUGCUUGUAUGUGAUGUUCAUGUUUGAUGUGGAAGUAACUAAUAAUUAAAGUUUUGGACUAGAACACCAUAUAGAUUUCCAAAACACAAUUAUUCAGGGAAGACAGACCAAAAAAGAAAAAGAAAAAAUCAUCUCCUGGGAUGGUUUAAGAGAAACUCAGUUGAGAGCAAUGCUCGAUUUCCUUAUGAACAGUGGCACCACUGUUAACUGAAGAAAAGCCACCCUCACACCACUGGCACCAUGCAAAACCUUCCUCUCUGUGAACUAAUGCGAGGGGGUUCCAGGGGGAGAGACUGGUUGAACAUCUUCGUGACUAAGCUGCAGUUGGCUGCUGGUGAAUCCCAUCCAGUUAUGGUCCUCCCAGCCUGUUCAACCACCAGGAAUUAUUUGUACUGUUAUUCCUCUCCUGAAGGUUUAAGUCGUGGUUGUCUAGUGUCGUCUGACUUUAGAAUGGUGGUUCUCAGACAUUGGCACCCAGCAGAAUCACCUGGAGGGCUGGUUAAAACAGAUUGAGUAGCGCUGGAAAUCCGCAUUUCUAACAAGUUCCUGGAGGAGGCCAAUGCUGCUGGUCUGAGGACCACACUGAGAACCACUAUCUUGAAAAUAUCUCCAACUCUUAUCUUUAAGAUCAGCUUGACUUAUCAAGCACUAGAGAAAAACUGAACUUAACCUUGGCAAACAACUUGGGAUUAGAUUCUCUACAGCAGGGGUGGAGAACGUCUCGCCCUUGGGCCAUAGGAGGCCCCAGAAAUAAUUUGGUCUGGCCCUGCCAAGGCAUUAUGGGUGAGUUAAUUAAAUGUUUGACCAAAUACAGCAGGCUAAUUUUUAAGUUGAUAAUUUUGUAUCGCCCAAGAAUGAUGAUCCAAAUGGCCGUUGACAAAAUAAAGGUUCCCCACCCCUGCUCCACAGCAUUCCUGCUCAAUCUUCCCAGUUUCCAUGGUUUAUUAUACCAACAAUUGUUUUGUGUGUAUUUUUAUAAGCUAGAGGACAAUGAAUGUAUAAGUUCUAUGGAACAGUGAGAUCAGUAUAAGCUUCUCGUCUUUGUAUUUAGAAACAUUGAUUCUGUGGAUGAUCAUUUGUAUCCUGUUGGCCCUUUGACUUGUGCUGAGGUGAUUUUAAGUUUAAGUAUGUGGUGUUUGUGUUUCUUCUGUCCAUACAGUUUUAAUGAAAUGUUUCCAUGUCGACUCCAUUAUAAUCUUGGCUCCUGGCUUCCAGAUGUUUUUGAGUAGUUGCUUGCUUGCCAGUCGUUUUCUCUCUCUCUCUCAUUAGUCACCAAAAUGUCAGCACUUCAAGAUGACAUUACACUACUUGAUGUGCCUUCAUUUUUCACGUGUCUGGUGUAAAUUAAUAUUUUAAUUUCCUGUAGACCUGCAAACAGUCUACCAAAUGGCUUCAUGGAAAUUUGCAAACAUAACCACCUCCCCUUUGAGCAGUAUAUGUGCCUGUUUUAAAGUCUUCUGAGUAAAUAUGUUGGGUUUGCACUCAUAUCUGCACAAUAGAGGCCAUAUUCAUUAUCUCAUUUUCCAAAUGAUGGAAGAAAUGUAAAAAUGCAUCAAUAUGCAUUGCGAAUACAGUGAUGUCAUGUUAACUCAAAGAUAGCUGGGCCUUAGUUUAGUUCUUAAGUCUUUAUUCAAGUAAUUAGCCUUGGAAAUUCUUUUUACAUGGAGGAAGGAACACAGAGGGAAUAAUUCAAGAGAAAACAAAUAAGUACCUUAAAAUCAUCAUCUGUGUGUGAGCUAUUUUAAUUACACAUAAUUCUUAUUGAUUUAAUAAAGUUUCUCUAAAUACUUCUCAAAUACCCUGAUUUCAUUCAAAUUACUUUAUCCUUUUGUAUGAAUAGAAAGUAAUGACUAUAUUUACUAGAAUUAAUGAGAUCCAAAAGUAUAUCAAAGUGUUAAUGGUAUCAAGGAUUCAAAUCCUUGCCUCUGGAUGGAAAUAAAGGUUUUUUAAAUUUA